UCCACACCGAGCAAGCGUCGACGGCCGCCGUCGUUGUCCCCUCCUCACCGCCACCAUGUCGCGCCUUUGCACAGUAAAGGUUGUGAGAGAAGAAGAUUUUCGCUCGCAGAUUGGGCAUGAUGGCCACUACUUUGAUCUCGUCGAUUUCAGCAGGGUCCCGGGUUUCCAGGUCGUGGUAGACACGCCCAUCUGCCAUUUCAAGGAACAACUAGCUGAAGAAUUUGGCAUCCCAAUUCAAUCUCAACGCCUCUGGUUGUUUGUUCAACGAAUAAAUGGGACAUUCCGCCCUUGCACGCCUUUAGCUCCCAAUGAAGAGAAACUAUCUGUAGGAAUGAAGUCAUCGAAAAAAUCUAAUGCUUGUGAGCUGCAUCUGUUUUUGGAGGUGCUUCAUCCUCUUCCUGUGCGCAAUAUGAUUAGCAAAGAUGACAUAUUGGUGUUCCUAAAGCUGUAUGACCCAGGUCAAAGACAGCUACGAUAUGUCAGCACACUCUUUGUGAAAGCUUCGUCAAGGCCUUCACGUAUUCUUCCAAAACUAAGAACUCUAGCUGGUUUUCAUGCAUAUGAAGAAAUUGAAUUGUAUGAGGAAGUAAAUUUCGAACCGACGUUGAUGUGUGUGAGGAUUGACAUUAAUGCUACCUUUACAUAUAGUCAGAUUCAAAAUGGGGACAUUAUUUGCUACCAGAAAAUGCCCAAGGCAGAGGACAAAUAUCCUAAUGUUGAAUUGUUCUUCAAGCAUGUUCAUGGUCAGAAGGAUCCACAAAUAAGGAUACAGGCUCUAGAAGAGGAGGUUGCUAUGUUAAAACAUCAAGUUCAUUGUGAAAAGGAAGCAAAAAAAGAAUGUGAUGAGUUGAAACAAGAACUAGAUAAUGCAAUGCGACAGGUCGAUGAAUUACGUGAUCAGAACAGGCAUAUUAUUCUUGAGUUCUCCAUUCAAGACUUGGAACAAGCGACAGAGAAUUUCAGUGAUAUGUGCAACGUUGGAGACAACGAAUAUGGGGGCGUAUACAAAGGCAAUGUACAUAAGACCAUGGUGGCAAUCAAGCUAUCAUGUUCCCAAAGCUUAUUUCAGCAGGAGGUAGGUCUGGUGAGUGUGUUAGUCAUCUUUAUGAUUCCUUUCUCUAAUGCUUGGUUAUUGCAGGUUUCUAUUCUUCAAAAAUGUAGACAUCCAAACAUAGUCACCAUUAUUGGAAUAUGCUCAGAAGCCUCUGCUCUAGUGUAUGAGUGGUUACCAAAUGGAAACCUUGAAGACUGCAUUGUUAGCUCAAACAACUCCCCACCACCUCUGCCAUGGUGCAAACGUACACAAAUCAUUGGUGAUGUUUGCUGCACUCUGCUAUUCCUUCAUGCAAAUAAACCCAGUGCUUUGGUCCAUGGCGAUCUCCGGCCUUGCAACAUCCUCAUUGAUGCCAAUUACAGAAGCAAGCUUUGCAACUUUGGUUUGUCCAACCUGUUUCUUGCGCCUGGAGCGUUCCCACCAAACCUCAAUGUGAGGCUGCCAUACAUUGACCCUGAAUUUCUCACCACAGGGGAGCUCACGCCACAAUCUGAUAUCUACUCACUAGGUGUCAUUAUUCUGCGUGUCUUGACUGGAAUGUCUCCAUUCUCUAUAGCAAAGAAAGUGGCAUCAGCUCUAGAGAGUGAUACCUUGCAUCUGAUGAUAGAUAAAUCAGCUGGGAACUGGCCCUACACGCAGGCCAAACAGUUAGCAUUCCUCGGUCUAAGCUGCAUGGAAAUGACACGGGAAAAACGUCCUGAUCUCUUAACAGACGUUUGGAAAGUCAUUGAGCCCAUGGUCACAAGGCCUCUUGUGGCUUACUUCCAAUCAGUCUUUGAAGGAAGCUCUGCACCUGCUCACUUCUUCUGUCCAAUUCGCAUGGAGAUCAUGAAGGACCCUCAAGUGGCAUCUGAUGGAUUCACCUAUGAAUCAGAAGCCAUAAAGCACUGGCUUGAUCGUGGGAACACAAGAUCUCCGAUGACGAAUCUCGCCCUUCCAAAUCGAGAUAUCAUUCCUAAUCAUGCCCUUCGGUCUUGCAUCCAAGAGUACCUUGAGUUUCAGCGGCAACAAGGACAGAAUCUGGACCCCUAA